AUGGCGCUUCCCACAUUUGAUGAAGAAGAGCUGCUACAACUCCUUGCAGAGUUUGUCAAGCUAGAGAGUAGAUUCAUCCUCAAUUCACCUGGGUAUUCUCUUUACUUACAGCCAGCAAUCAUUGGCACCUCAGCUUUUAGAGGCGUCCAUCGUCCUAGUUCGGCGCUCCUGUACGUGAUUGCAAACCACACAGGAGAAUUUGGGGACAAGAAGCUAGGCGCCAACUACGCGCCUUGCAUAGUACCGCAACAAGAAGCAGCAUUGCGCGGUUUUCAGCAAAACCUCAGGCUCUUCGGAAAGGAGGACUAUAUCACCGAGGUUGGAACAAUGAAUCUGUUCAUCGCAAUAAGAGAUGGUAAAAAUAACAAGGAGCUUUUGACCGCUCCUCUGGAUGGAACUAUCCUAAAUGGAGUGACUCGUAGUUCUGUACUUGAACUUUCGCGAGAGAGACUUGUCCCGAAAGGGUGGGUUGUUUCUGAACGCAAGUAUACCAUGUCAGAGUUUGCCCAGGCAGCCCAGAGAGGCCAACUAAUCGAAGUAUUUGGAACUGGAACCGCCGCCGUUAUCUGUCCGGUACGCACAAUCAGUUACAAGGGCAUGCUAGUUGACUGUGGCCUUAGUAUUGGAGAAGAAGCUGGAGAGAUAACAUGUCAAAUGAGACGGUGGAUUGAGGAUAUUCAGUACUGUAAUAUUGAGCAUGAAUGGGGUUAUCUUGCCUAG